AUGUCAAACUCCGAAGAACUUGUACCGUUCAGCGAAGCUACAAAGAUAACAAGACUACAGCCGAAUGUAUAUAGUGCCAACCUUGUCUCUGGCUGGUGCACUGGCUCCGUCCCCAAUGGCGGCUACGUCGCGUCUGUGAUGCUGCGCGCAGCAUCUCUGCACCUGGCAGAGCGUGGGCAGCCCGACACCAUAUCUGCCCAUUUCGAGUAUGUCAACCGUGCUGAAACAGGGCCUGCGAUACUCAUCGUUGAGGAGGUUAAGAUCGGUCGGAACCUCUCGACAUUGCACGUCUCACUUUACCAACACGACCUGCUACCAUCCGCCCCUUGGUUCACGUCUAACUCGCAGAGGAACGUCGUCGGCUACUUUAUCAACACGCGCUUAGUUGCCGAGGAGGGGCUCACCCUCGCAACCGGAUGGGACAUGACCCCUCCGCCUAAGCCGGCCGACUUUGCCCUCCUGUCCCCGAACAAAGACCAGCACUGGAUGCGGAAGGAGAAGCUCAACGCGCGCGCGACCUCCUAUGCGCGCGCGCACAACAACGUCGAGUACUACGUCCCGCGCGAGGGCACGCCACGGGGCAUCGCGGACCUGUGGCUGCGGUUCAAAUCUGGCGAGAGGUUUACCAACGCGUCGAUUGGCUUCGUCGCGGAUGCGUAUCCGACCGUCAUUGAAGCCUGGAGACCGACGCGCGACGAGGGACAGACCCCGUUCCGGUACAACGACAUGUUUUGGUAUCCGACUCUUGCUCUGAAUCUGGACGUGAAGAAGGCGUUGCCCGACGAGGGAGCCGAGUGGCUCUUUAUCCGGUCCAGGGCCAAAGUGAUUCGAAAUGGCAGACUCGAUCUCGAAGUCACCGUUCUCGACCAAAGCGGAGAUGUGGUGGCGCUGAGCACCCAUGUCAACAUGGUCCUGUCGGCCGAUAGGAAUCUGAGUGAGCGGAGUCACUCCAAGAGCAAAAUAUAG